AUCAGAGCGACGGUCGUGUCAGCAGAGCAAUAGCAAGAGCAGUUCGGAUUUCGGUGUACGCAAUGGACCUCGGAUGACAAGAGUAGUAAACGCGGAACCGGUCAUAAAACAUGAUCGGUAAAAGGUGUUCUAGUACUUCUAGUGCGUACUGAUAAAAAUACAAUAAAAAAAAAAAAAAAAAAGAAGAACAACGAUUCGAACAUUGUGUCAUUGAAUAAAUUCGAUACAUAGACGGUACAAAAACGAAUAAAAAAAAAAAAAUAUAUAUAUAUAUAAUUUCACUGCGAUGAACCUAACCGCGGGUAAUCCCCACUCGAACGGUUUGCUCUACGCUGGUUUCAACCAGGAUCAAGGUUGCUUCGCCUGUGGAAUGGAGAACGGAUACAGGGUUUACAACUGCGAUCCGUUGAAGGAAACCGAACGUCACGUUUUCAGCGACGGAGGUCUUGGUCAUGUGGAAAUGCUCUUUAGAUGCAAUUACUUGGCCCUUGUCGGCGGCGGCGCGAAACCCAUGUACCCAACGAACAAAGUCAUGAUAUGGGACGAUCUGAAGAAAAAUCCUGCCAUAACACUCGAGUUCAACGCACCGGUCAAGGGGGUCAAACUACGAAGGGAUCGAAUAGUCGUUAUACUCGAAGGGGUGAUAAAAGUCUACACGUUUACGCAAAAUCCCCAACAGUUACACGUCUUCGAAACAAAUCCAAACCCUAGAGGAUUGUGCGUCCUAUGUCCAAAUAGCAACAAUUCACUCUUAGCUUUUCCUGGCAGAAAAAACGGCCACGUUCAAGUGAUAGACCUGGCGAACACGGAAAAACAGCCGUUGAACAUAGAAGCGCACGAAACGCCGUUAUCCUGCAUAUCUCUGAAUCUGCAAGGUACGAGGUUGGCGACGGCGUCAGAAAAGGGAACGUUGAUCAGGGUAUUCGACACCCAGAACGGAAACAUGAUAAACGAAUUAAGAAGAGGGGCGAAUCACGCCAACAUUUACUGUAUAAAUUUCAACCAUGACUCGACGUGGCUUUGCGUAGCGAGCGACCACGGAACUGUCCAUGUCUUUGCUGUGGAGGAUCAGAAAUUGAAUCGCCAGUCGAGUCUUGCGUCUGCGACUUUCUUGCCAAAGUAUUUCAGCUCCAAUUGGAGCUUUUGUAAAUUUCAAGUACCCAGUGGACCGCAGUGUAUGUGCGCGUUUGGCAAAAACAACAACACCAUAAUCGUUAUAUGUGCGGACGGUAGCUAUCACAAAUUUUUAUUCAACAACAAAGGAGAAUGCAGCAGAGAUUUCUACGCACAAUUUUUGGAAAUGACAGACGACAAGAUGUGACUGUAAAAUUUAUCGUAGCGUGUUAAUAAUAAUAAUUAUUAUUAUUAU